GCACCUCCGUUUUUAUAUUGAACAGAUCCAGGGAAUCAAUCAAGUCAAAUGGCGGUGGUGGGUCGUUUUGAUUGGAUGAGUAGAUAAAUUUAUUAAUAAAUAAUUGAACAUUACAUAACAGUCAUAAAACAAGAGAGGCUAUGAGCCUAAACCUCAACCGUCUGUCUCUUUGGGUUUGAGUUUUGAGUUUGUGAGAAGUGAAUGCAAGUGAAUCACUUCCACCACCACGUUGACUUGCAACAAACUUUUACCAUUUAAUCUAUCUCAUUCUUAGGGUUCUUUCCAUUUCUUCCCCCAUUUUCUCUUCCAACUGUCAGACCAACAAAUGCAAAGUUCCACUGUUUAAGAAUCUCGUUUAUACUCAAAUAAGCAAUGACAUAGCAAGCACCGCACAAGAAAGGUAACAUCUUCCUUCAGGAAUCUAAAAUCGUAAUGUAAUUGCAGGAUUAGUGGAUGGUAAUACCACGUGUAGAAACCUUCUUAUGUUGUGCAGAAAGCAUGCUGUAGAAGGGGUUGAGUACUCUUUCCGGAUAAAGAAGAGGGAGAGCAACUGAUUCUUGGCAAUGUUUCAUUAAUAUCUUGAAGGUUGUCCAAAGUAGUGAAGUUCCUGGUUACUUUCUUUGAACCGCUUGCUAAUUGGGUUUGUCAGCUGUUGAAAAAGUGGCUGAUUGGAAGACAUUGAAAUAUAAAUACUUAAGUAUACAAGUGAAGCUGACAGAUGAGUUUGAUGAAUUUUCCGAAGCGCUAUCUGAUUGUCAUUUUAACGUUCCUUAGCACUUGUGUUUGCUAUAUAGAGCGUGUGGGUUUCUCCAUUGCUUAUACCGUUGCGGCUGAUGCUGCUGGAGUUAAUCAAUCAAGCAAAGGUACCAUACUUUCUACAUUCUACAUUGGUUAUGCCUGUUCUCAAGUGCCUGGGGGAUGGGCUGCUCAGAGAAUAGGGGGAAGAAAGGUUCUCCUUCUCUCGUUUGUACUAUGGUCAUCAACUUGCUUUUUGGUCCCACUAGAUCCCAAUAGACCCUUUAUCUUGGUUGUGGCUCGCUUGCUUGUUGGUGUGUCACAAGGGUUCAUCUUUCCCUCCAUCCACACUGUCCUAGCUCAGUGGGUUCCCCCUCAUGAACGAUCUAGAUCUGUUUCACUUACAACUUCUGGGAUGUACCUAGGUGCAGCUAUGGGAAUGCUUUUACUUCCAAGCCUGGUGAAAUACAAAGGCCCCGAAUCUGUAUUUCUUGCUGAAGCAGCAUUGGGUAUUUUGUGGUCACUUCUUUGGAUCAGAUAUGCCAGUGACCCUCCUCGGUCUGAGAAUGCAAAAGCCUCUGCUGCUGGUUUUGGGGAAUCAAUGUUGCCGAUCAAAGGUAAUCAGAAGACGAAAAUGGAGAACGGAGGAAGUGCUGCUAGAACUAUUAUAAUCCCAUGGAAGAAAAUUUUAAUCAGUUUACCAAUUUGGGCAAUUGUGAUUAAUAAUUUCACGUUCCAUUAUGCUUUAUAUGUCUUGAUGAACUGGCUGCCAACUUACUUUGAGCAGGGCCUGCAGCUCAGUCUUCAGGAAAUGGGUUCUUCCAAGAUGAUGCCUUAUCUAAACAUGUUCAUAUUCUCAAAUAUUGGUGGGGUGGUUGCUGACCACUUGAUCACCAAAAGAAUCAUGUCUGUGACUAAGACCCGAAAGUUCUUGAACACCAUAGGAUUCUUGGUUUCCUCUCUUGCAUUGAUGGCACUUCCCUUCUUCAGAACCUCUGGUGGUGCGAUCUUCUGUUCAUCUGUGGCUCUUGGUUUCUUGGCACUGGGAAGAGCUGGGUUUGCUGUAAAUCAUAUGGAUAUUGCUCCCAGAUAUGCAGGAAUUGUAAUGGGAGUUUCUAAUACAGCUGGUACAUUAGCUGGCAUUAUUGGGGUUGAUAUGACUGGACAGCUUCUUGAAGCUGCGAAAACUACUUAUUCAGAUCUUUCAAGUCCAGAAAGCUGGAGAGCUGUGUUUUUCAUACCAGCCUUGCUUUCAAUCAUUAGUUCCUUCAUAUUUUUGGCCUUCUCAACUGGAGAAAGGAUUUUUGACUGAGGUAGGCUUGUUACAUCCAUUUGAUGUCUGUCAAUGGUGUUAUCUCUUGCGUACACUAAUGUUGCUGGUGAGCUAUCAGGUCUUGUUCUAGCCUUAAUCUCACCCCUGGAGGGGUUUAUAUUGAAGUCCAUAUCAUAAAAGAUUCGAAGAAAUCAGCGUAGAUUGCAUAGUUAUAAGAAAAUCAAUUUUCGAUUUGUCUAUUUGAAUUACCCGAAGAUCAUUUCCACAUUCUUUUCUAUCUCUUUACAGUAAACAUGGUGGCUUUAACAUUUAAGCCAGAAGCAAUUGAGAUAUUUUUGGCAUAUUUGGAUGCAACUGACUACAUGAAAACAUCAAGGUCCCUGCGGUGGAGCCGGAUGCCUUUACAAAUUGUAUGAUGAAGCAGGCUUUUGAUUGUAUGGUCAAACAACUAAUAAGACCCUCAACGGAAAAUUUUUGGUAUACUGCUCCAGUAUCCUGUUUUUAUCCCGAAGCACUUUUUGGCUUUUUGGAAAGUAUGCUAUGAAUCUUUUUCUUUUGGAGAUGUAGAACAUUUGAUUUUAUACUGUUGACAACAGUGAUGUCUUCAUUUGAAAUAUCAGGAAAUAGUUAUUAAAAUCGUGAGUUCAGACAUUUUAGAUUCACUGUUUUGUGCUCUGUAUCGUUCAACGAAGGGGUAAUACAGAAGCACUUACGUGCAAGAUAAGAUUU